GAGGGGAUUAGCGCGCAGGUUUAAAGGCCGGAGCGGCGCGGGGAAGGGGUGCAGGCGCGCCGGAGAGGGAGCGGCCGCGGCCGAGCAGCGGGGCAACUCGGGCGGCAGCGUGUGAGCGAGCCCGGGGGCGGGCCGGGGGCGGCCGUCCCACAGCCCCGCCACCGCCCGGGGGCUCCGGCCCCGGCGCCCUCGCUGCCCAGACGUAACCUUUUGUCCUCACUCCCUGCGCGCUCCGGUAGUGUAGACGAUGCCAGCCAUCAACAUCGAGGACCUGAGCGAGAAGGACAAACUGAAAAUGGAAGUGGAGCAGCUCCGGAAAGAAGUGAAGCUGGAAAGGCAGCCGGUCUCCAAGUGCUCCGAAGAGAUCAAGAACUACAUCGAGGAGCGGUCGGGAGAGGACCCGCUGGUGAAGGGGGUUCCCGAGGACAAGAACCCCUUCAAGGAGAAGGGAGGCUGUGUCAUCGCUUAGGAGAAGGAGCCCCGCGCCUGCCCCUGGAGCAGGCAUUCCUCCCGUACCCGUAGGGAGUGACUAGCGUGUCCCCACCGCCGCCAGUCCGUGCCGAGCGAGCACAGGAGCGGAUUUCUUUUUAUUUUCCAUUUCUCCUUACAAAAAUACAGAAACCGCGCGAAAGCUGCCGAGCCCCGCGCCGGCCGCUGGGCCGGGCCGGCUGUGCCCCGCUCCCCGCCGCGGCCGGCCUCUGUCGCUGCGCGGGGCCCGCUCGCCACCCGCUUGUCGGUCGCUUCAUGGCUGUUCGUUGGCAUUAAAGAAAAGCUGCCCGUAA